CUAAAGUCUCUGGGAUCACUGCACCUAACUUUACUGUCCUUCCAUUCGAUUCUUACGUUAUGUCUGGUGCGCAUUGAAAUUGGCAAGAAGACGAUUAUUUUAUUAAAUUAGUGAAAUUACUUGUGCCACGUGUACCAAACGAUUUUUACGAACUUCUUAUACUUUAGCAUCAAAUAUAACAACAGUAAAUAUGGCAACAGCAACAGCUCUUACACAUGAAAAGGUAUGGUUUGAGAAACCAUCCUAUGAUAAAGCAGAGCGGCUAUAUUUUGAACGAAUGGCCAAGGUGAUGUCCAACAAGAUUAUAAGAAGUUAUGCCCUUAACACUGAUAACUCUGUAAUUAACAAGCAUGAAGAUCUAAUUAAUAUAAACGCUUCCAUGAAAUUAAAAACUGAAAAAUCUGAGGAAUCUAAAGACAACAAAUCAUUGCACUCAGAUAAUAAUGUAUCCACUGAUGUUUUAAAACAGUAUAAAUGCCAAAUUAAAAAUUCCAAAAAUCUUAAAAAAGAAAAUGAGUGUAACGUGUUAAAAAUGGACGACUUGAAUAUCAUAGAAAAAUGUGAUGUGAUAGACGUUAAAAAGGAAGAUAUUAAUAUUUGUAAUGAUACAGUUAAUACAAAGUGUACUUCCAAAGAAGUUAAAGAAAAAAAAAACAAGGCUGAUACAAGACAUAGAAAUAGAGGAAAAGGCAAAGAUAAUAUUAAAGAGCAAAAAGAACAAUUGCCUAAUAAGGGAAGCCAUCAAUCAAAUUGUUCAAUCCUAUCCGCUGGUGGAAGUUUGGCCAAUGAAGUUGCCAAGGCACGUCAACAUAUUAAAAAAUCUUUACAAUGUAUGGAUGACAUUAGUGCAUUUGCCGAAAAUUCCAAUCAAGAUGUUGUAUCACGCAUAGCUACUCUCGAGAAAGACAAUCAGGAUUUACGAAAUGUCGUUCAAGAAUUGAGACACAUUAUUGAAAAACUGGAAAAACGCGUAAAUAUUCUUGAAGAAGAAAAACCAUCACUUCCACCUUUACAAAUUUGUCCUGCUAAACCCAGUGCGAUGAUAGAAAAGCCAUCACCCAAAGAAGAAGAUGACGAAGAUCUUGAUCUAUUUGGUUCAGAUUCAGAGGGUGAAGAUGCAGAAGCAGCUAAAAUUAGAGAAGAGCGUCUUGCUGCAUAUGCUGCUAAAAAGGCCAAAAAACCGGCAUUAAUUGCAAAAUCAAAUAUCAUAUUUGAUGUUAAGCCGUGGGAUGAUGAGACUGAUAUGAAAGAUAUGGAAUCUAAAGUACGCAAAAUUGAGACAGAUGGAUUACUAUGGGGCGCAGCUAAGCUUGUACCACUUGCUUUCGGUAUUCAUAAACUUCAAAUUUCUUGUGUUGUUGAGGACGAAAAAGUGUCAGUUGAUUGGUUAACUGAACAAAUACAAGAAAUUGAAGAUUUAGUCCAGAGCGUUGAUAUUGCCGCUUUUAAUAAAAUCUAAUUUUAUUUUUGGGCAAAUGUUAUGGCAAGUAUAGUUACAUAGAAACAUAGAUUUGCUGUGCCAUCUUUUCAUUCCAUUAGCAAUUCCAAUAUGUACGUGUAUACUUAUUCAAUGCUAAAAAAAAAUAAAAAAAUACUUCAUUAUAGAAA